CUCUAUACACUUUAUAUAUCUCUUCUACUUAUUAGUUCUGAAGCUAUAAUAAUAACUCAUGGCGACUACUGUUGUAAAGACUGGUAAGGGAAUUCGUGUAACUGUUCAGGUGGAUGUGUGUGGUGAUCAACAGACUGAUUCAUUUAGGGUUUUUUGCAUGACUAACCCUAAUUACAGUCUAAGCAUCAGAGAUGGCAAGGUCCUUCUUGCCCCAGCUAAUUCAAAUGAUCAGAAUCAGCAUUGGUACAGGAAUGAGAAAUACGGCGCAGGGGUGAAGGAUGAAAAAGGCCGCACUGCUUUUGCUCUGGUUAAUAAAGGUACUGGUCAGGCCAUGAAACACGCUGCUGGAGACACUCAGCCGGUGCAACUGAUAACUUUCGAUCCCAAUGUUAUUGAUGAGUCGCUGUUGUGGACGAAUGGCAAUGAGUGGGGUGAAGAUUGUUAUAGUCCUAUCUGGAUGGCUAAUAAUUUUCAAUUGAAUUUGGAUGCUGAAACUGGGAUUGUCAAGGAUGGUACUCCAGCUGUGAUCUAUCAGUGGAAUGGUGGUGCACCUAACCAACUAUGGAAAAUUAUCCCCCACUGCCACUGCUGAUGAAGAGGGCGAUGGUACUGCGAUUUCUUGGAUCUGCAUGCGUCGUGUCUGGAGGAUCUGUGUCAUUCUCUUUGUGUGUGGUUUCUGUUUCUGUUUGUUUUUAAGAAUAAAACUAUGUAUGAUGUAGUUGUUACUACAUGCAGCUGGUGUCUGUGUUGCCUUGUUGUAUUUGCAAUUGAAAUAAGAACUUGUGUUGCUUAUAUAAAUCUGUUUCUAUGAUAUGUAUUGUUU